ACUGUGUUUGCAAGUGUUAAUAAAUAGAAGUGUCAAAAUCAGAAACACAAAUUCUGUUGAAUGCUGAAAAAAACAACAACAAGCUAUACUAAUUUUUAUUAAGUAUAAUAAAAUUUAUAUAAGAGAGAGGGAUCGGAGUGAUCGAUUUUAAAACUCCAAAGUUUGACCACUCACUUGGGAGUUGGAGCCCAGAAGACACAGUCACUCCACACUUCAACUACUUUUAAUUUCCCCAACAUAACACGAGUGAGGAGGCAACUUUGAUUUUUUUGCAGGCAGGAAAUUAGAGAGGCAGGAAGAAGCUUAGGUAUGGACUAUGGAGUGGAGUAGUACAGGAGUGAUGAUAUGGUAAGGUACCUGAGAAAGAAAGCUCUUUUAGCUUUUGCUAAAGUCCAAGACGAGAAACCAAACAUCCUUUUGUACACAAACACAAAGACAACAAAAGCAGUGUUUCUUUCUUUUUCCUUGCCAACCCAAAGAUAAAAGAGAGAGAGAGAGAGAGAGGUGGUCUGGCUUCUCAGAGUGUGUGUGUCUGUGUGUGUUUCCAUGGAUGUGUGCGAAGCAACUAGGAUGGUGCUCUCUAGAAUCCAGAGCUUAGACCCUGCUAAUGCUUCCAAGAUCAUGGGUCUUCUCCUUCUUCAGGAUCACGGAGAGAAGGAGAUGAUAAGGUUAGCUUUCGGGCCUCAGAAUCUCCUUCAUUCUGUCAUAGCCAAGGCCAAGAAAGAGUUCGGUCUCAUGGGCUCCUCCACUCUCAAUGAGCAUGAGCGGCUUUCUUUCUUUGAUCGGAGAAGCGGCGGUUGCGUUUCCCACGAUCUAGGGUUCGGAUGGGGACAGUGCUCCAAGUCUAUUCCGCCGAGACUUUCCCAUCAGCUCACCGGCGGCCCUCGUUUUCCAUUUUCCCCCAAAGGUGUGAACUUGCAGCAGAGUGAAUCACAAAGCCAAGCCACUGAUUUGAUGAUGGGAGAUGACUUGAAUAAGUUGGGAAGUUGGAGGCCAGAGCGGAUCGACCUUUGGGCCAUGGCCUGCUCGGCAUCCAGACAGAUCUAUCUGACUUUCCCGGUUGACAGUGUCUUCAGGGAAGAGGAUGUUUCCAACUACUUCAGUACCUUCGGGCCAGUUCAGGACGUGAGGAUUCCGUACCAGCAGAAGAGGAUGUUUGGGUUCGUUACCUUUAUGUAUCCAGAGACGGUGAAGAGCAUUCUCGCCAAAGGGAACCCUCACUUUGUGUGUGAUUCCAGGGUUCUUGUUAAGCCUUACAAGGAGAAAGGAAAAGUCCCUGACAAAUACAGGACUAAGCCAUCUCCGACCGGCCUUGAUUCUAUGGACAUUAUGGGUCUCCAGCUUGGGGGUAGCGCUUUUCAUGACAACGCCCAAGAUCUGUUGUGGAAGAGUAGGUUGGAAGAAAGAGCUCUUGAGCUUCAGAGCAGAAGGCUGAUGAAUCUGCAGCUUCUAGACGUCAAGAAGCAAAUUCAACUCAGUUACGACCAAACACUGCUUGUUUCUCCACGAUUAGACAACUCUCUGCUGGCAGUUUCAAGCAACCAGAGAGUGUCUACCAAAGAGAAUGAUGAGGAUAGAAUCAAACUUCCAGAGAGCUUGGAGGAUGAUAGAUUGCCAGACAGCCCAUUUGCAUCACCCACACACCAUUUUCUGGAGUUUGACAAAUCUGGAGCAGCUGCAGACACUAACGGUUCAGGCUCAUCGUCGCCAUCUUUUGAUCACGAUGAGUCUACUACAUUGACAGACUCUCGCAAAUCCUAUAACUGCCAAAUGCCGAGCUUAUCAAUGACGGGGAUGUUACCAGGCAGCAGCGGACCAGCCUGUCGCGUUGGGAUCUAAAUCUAUUUAAAAUAACUAACCAGAGAGAGGAAGAAAAGAUUAACCCAAAAGUGAUGAGCAAUUUACUGAGACGUGGAUGUAAGAUAGAAGAGAGAAGAAGAUGGGGAAGGUUGUUGUACCAUUUAGAAAGACUUAGUAAAUGAGUCCGUGAAUGUGUUAUGGAAUGGAUGGACCACAGCACAGGCGACCUUUAAUUUUAUAAUCAUAUAGAUAUAUAACUAGGACAAGAAGAGUGUGUAAGUGUAACCAACCAAUCUUUAGUAAUUUAUUCAAGAGAAGA